CCCUUACAUCCCUUACCAUUAAUCCCCUCCAACCGUCGCAACUUCCUUCCCCUCCAUUGCGCACCACCGUCGGAACGUCGAAGCCUCCGUCCCGCAGUCGUCCCGCAGUCGUCCCGCCGACGCCAACUCUGUUCCACCUUCAGCCUUCGAUCGUGCUCCACUGCUCCCUGUCCCCCUCUUGCGCCAGCUCUGCCCUGUUCUGCGCUCCCUCAGUCCCUGUUAAUCUGUGAACUGAGGAGGUGGAAAAUGGAGAAUGAGUUGAAAGAGCAAAACAAUAAGAAGAACAACGACGGCGCGAACAAGAAGAGCUCCGUAGUGAUCAAGAUACCUUCCUACGAAGAAGUUCUCCAAAGCUCACAACAAAAAGCAACUCCACCUUCACUCUUCCUUCCCUCGCAAACAUUCUCCCAAGCCUUUUCCUUCGUCAAAUCCUCUGAGUUCUACGCUCCUCCGCCUCCUACCACCAACGCCGCCACCACCAUCACCGCUGCUUCUUCUUCAAUUUCAAGGGAAAGUUCUCAAUUGAACCCUCCAUCUUCAACUUCGACGUCUUCUGCUGCUGCAGCUUCGUCUCAAGUCGCUCAAAGUCGCAAUGCCAUCCUUGUUAGCCACAGACAGAAAGGAAAUCCGUUGCUUAAACACAUUAGGAAUGUUAGAUGGACCUUUGCUGAUAUUGUUUGUGACUACUUGCUGGGUCAAAGCUCAUGUGCACUCUAUCUCAGUCUCCGGUAUCAUUUGCUGCAUCCAGACUAUUUAUAUUAUAGAAUAAGGGAGUUACAGAAGAAUUUCAAGCUUCGAGUAGUCUUAUGCCAUGUUGAUGUGGAGGAUGUAAUGAAGCCUCUUCUUGAAGUUACCAAAACAGCUCUGCUUCAUGACUGCACCCUUCUAUGUGGAUGGAGCUUGGAGGAAUGUGGCCGUUACUUGGAGACCAUAAAAGUAUAUGAAAACAAGCCUGCAGACAUUAUUCAAGGCCAAAUGGAUACAGACUAUCUGUCACGGCUAACACACGCCCUUACAACUGUCCGACAUGUUAACAAGACUGAUGUAGUUACCCUUGGUACGACAUUUGGGUCUUUGUCUCACAUUAUGGGUGCAUCUAUGGAAGAUCUAGCUCGCUGCCCUGGCAUAGGUGAGCGCAAGGUCAAGCGCUUGUUUGACACGUUUCAUGAACCCUUCAAGCGAUUGGAAUCCAGCAGGCAAGUCAUUCCAGAGACGUCUGUCCAGGAUAAGACAGCUAGCCCUGAUAUAUCAGCUAACAAUGAUGCUGAACCUUGCUCCUUGAAUGAAGACAAGCAAAAGGCCGCUGAAGAUGUGAACAAACGCAAGGAGAAAGAACCUGAACUUACUGUCAAAUCUGCCCUCUCUGAAGCCUUUGCCAGAUAUUCUAACCGAAUUGGCAAGAGGAAUAAGACUUCACAAGUAGAGGAGAAAGUAGAAUCAGGUGCUGUUAGAAAAUCAGAGGCUGAAACAUAAUUACAUGAUGCUUUCCACCAGCGGUUAAAGUUUUCCGUUAAGCAUGAUAUUCUUUUAAAAUUUGAAAGCUCGGUUUAUAAAUCCACAAUCUAGAGCCAGCAUGGCACUGCACUUUGAUUCUAAAUCAGAAUGCCUUUAAUUGAUUGUGGACUUUUCCUGCCCUGCAUAUGCAUUAGGGUAGUAUUUGACAUACAGCCUUGGUGGGGUAUAAGCGUUGAUCCAGAUUCCAUAUAUAGAAAUAGGAAUGGGAUUCUGGAGUUGAGAAUUUAACUGUUGAUUGUUAAUGCACUUAGCAAGCACCAACUUUUAAAUAUGAUUACGUUUAAUUCAUUGGUUUAUUCCAUUUCGAUUAAGAA